AUGACCAUCUGAUGCAUUCCCCAAGUCAGAGAAGGCCAAAAUAAAAUGGAACCAAUAGACACUCUUUCUUACUCCUGAUGCUCUUUCUUGAUAUAACCAUCUGAUGCUUUUCCCAGUGAAGAUACUUAGAUACAAACUCAGCAUCAAGUUUCCAUGCUAGAUUCACAAGAAAACCAUGCACCCACUUCAUUCUCCGUGCAAGAAACACAGCAACAAAUUUCCCAUACCUGUUCUUGCCCUUGCCCUGGUGCUGCUCAUCAACCUCGCCUCUCUCACCAGUUCAUGUACAGAGCAGGACAGGAGCUCCCUCCUCAGGUUCCUCAGGGAGCUCUCUCAAGAUGGCGGCCUCGCUGCGUCAUGGCAGGAUGGUACAGAUUGCUGCAAAUGGGAUGGGAUCACCUGCAGCCAAGAUAGCACGGUCACUGAUGUUUCCCUGGCCUCUAGGAGCCUCCAGGGACGCAUCUCACCGUCUCUUGGUAAUCUCCCUGGAUUGCUGCGCCUCAACUUGUCUCACAACCUGCUGUCUGGUGCCCUGCCGAAGGAACUGUUGUCUUCCAGCAGUCUCAUCACCAUUGACGUCAGCUUUAACCGCCUGGAUGGAGAUCUUGACGAGUUGCCAUCUUCAACACCUGCAAGGCCACUGCAGGUACUGAAUAUCUCAAGUAAUUUGUUAGCAGGACAGUUUCCAUCAUCCACAUGGGUAGUGAUGAAAAAUAUGGUUGCACUCAAUGUCAGUAACAACAGCUUUAGUGGGCAUAUACCAGCUAAUUUCUGCACCAACUCGCCAUACUUAUCUGUGCUUGAACUCAGUUAUAACCAAUUAAGUGGGAGCAUUCCCCCUGGAUUUGGAAGUUGCUCCAGGCUCAGAGUCCUCAAGGCUGGCCACAACAACCUUAGUGGGACUAUCCCUGAUGAAAUCUUCAAUGCUACCUCGUUAGAGUGCCUCUCUUUUCCAAACAAUGAUUUUCAAGGGACACUUGAAUGGGCAAAUGUUGUCAAACUCAGUAAGCUGGCUACCCUUGACCUCGGAGAGAACAACUUCAGUGGUAACAUUUCAGAGUCUAUAGGUCAGCUCAACAGAUUGGAGGAACUCCAUCUGAACAACAACAAAAUGUUUGGGAGCAUACCAUCAAACUUGAGUAACUGCACAAGUCUGAAAAUCAUCGACCUCAAUAACAACAAUUUCAGUGGAGAGCUCAUCUAUGUCAAUUUCUCCAACUUACCCAAUCUAAAAACUUUAGAUCUUAUGCGGAACAACUUCAGUGGUGAAAUUCCAGAAAGCAUAUACACAUGCAGCAACCUAACUGCUCUGCGGGUAUCUUCCAAUAAGCUGCACGGCCAGUUAUCAAAGGGACUAGGCAAUCUGAAAUCCCUCUCCUUCCUGUCACUCGCAGGAAACUGUCUUACAAACAUAGCAAAUGCACUUCAGAUAUUAAGCAGCUCCAGCAACCUCACCACCCUUCUUAUUGGCCACAACUUCAUGAAUGAAAGAAUGCCUGAUGGCAGUAUUGAUGGUUUUGAGAAUCUUCAGGUUCUAUCCCUAAGUGAAUGCUCAUUAUCUGGAAAAAUACCUCGAUGGCUAUCGAAACUCUCAAGGUUGGAGGUGCUAGAGUUAGACAACAAUCGACUAACUGGACCAAUACCAGACUGGAUCAGUAGCCUAAACUUCCUCUUCUAUCUAGAUAUAUCAAAUAACAGCCUGACAGGAGAAAUUCCGAUGUCCUUAUUACAGAUGCCAAUGCUAAGGUCAGACAGGGCUGCAGCACAGUUGGACCGUAGAGCAUUUCAAUUACCCAUAUAUAUAUCUGCAUCACUACUUCAAUACCGCAAGGCCAGUGCUUUUCCCAAAGUGCUCAAUCUAGGCAAAAAUGAAUUCACCGGUUUGAUCCCCCCAGAGAUUGGUCUGUUGAAAGUGCUCCUUUCACUGAAUUUGAGCUUUAACAAAUUAUAUGGAGAUAUCCCCCAGUCGAUCUGCAACCUCACAGAUCUGCUUGUGCUGGAUUUGUCAAGCAACAAUCUAACUGGUACAAUCCCAGCUGCGCUGAACAAUCUAAACUUCCUUUCCGAAUUCAACAUCUCAUACAAUGACCUAGAAGGGCCUAUCCCAACUGGUGGUCAGCUUGAUACAUUCACAAAUUCUAGCUUUUAUGGCAAUCCAAAGCUGUGUGGUCCUAUGCUUGUACGCCAUUGCAGUUCAGCUGAUGGACAUUUGAUCUCAAAGAAACAACAAAACAAGAAGGUCAUACUUGCAAUUGUUUUUGGUGUCUUCUUUGGAGCCAUUGUCAUUCUUAUGUUGUCAGGGUAUCUCCUUUGGUCGAUCAGUGGUAUGAGUUUCAGGACCAAAAAUAGGUGCAGCAAUGAUUACACGGAAGCAUUAUCAUCCAACAUCAGUUCAGAGCAUUUGUUAGUAAUGUUGCAGCAAGGCAAGGAAGCAGAAGACAAGAUCACAUUCACUGGCAUUAUGGAAGCUACAAAUAAUUUUAACAGGGAGCACAUCAUUGGAUGCGGAGGUUAUGGAUUAGUCUACAGGGCAGAGCUACCUGAUGGCUCAAAACUUGCCAUAAAGAAGCUCAAUGGUGAAAUGUGCCUGAUGGAAAGGGAGUUCAGUGCAGAGGUUGAAACGCUCUCCAUGGCACAACAUGACAAUCUUGUGCCACUCUUGGGUUACUGUAUCCAGGGAAACUCGAGGCUCCUCAUAUAUUCUUACAUGGAGAAUGGCAGUCUGGAUGAUUGGCUUCAUAACAAGGACGAUGGUACCAGCACAAUUCUAGAUUGGCCAAGACGGCUCAAAAUAGCGAAAGGAGCAAGCCACGGCCUUUCUUACAUCCACAAUAUCUGCAAGCCUCGUAUUGUCCACCGUGACAUCAAAUCUAGCAACAUCCUUCUCGACAAAGAAUUCAAAGCUUAUAUUGCAGAUUUUGGAUUAUCACGGUUGAUCCUUCCCAACAAAACUCAUGUCACAACCGAGCUAGUCGGCACUCUCGGUUACAUCCCCCCUGAGUAUGGGCAAGCAUGGGUUGCUACAUUGAAAGGUGACGUGUACAGUUUCGGAGUGGUCCUGCUUGAGCUUCUCACUGGGAGGAGGCCAGUUCCAAUACUAUCUACUUCAAAGGAACUUGUCCCAUGGGUACAGGAGAUGAUAUCAGAGGGAAAGCAGAUUGAGGUGCUGGAUUCAACACUUCAAGGCACAGGGUGUGAAGAGCAAAUGCUAAAGGUCCUUGAAACUGCUUGCAAGUGCGUUGAUGGUAAUCCUUUGAUGAGGCCAACUAUGAUGGAAGUAGUAGCCAGUCUGGACAGUAUAGACCCUGACCUAAAGAUGCAAUAAUAUGAUAGAUAAUCUUGUACUUUAAGUGAACAGAGUUGAUCUGGUUUCACUAGAACUAGAAUUUGAUUGAUCUUAUAGUUCGUUCUGUACAGCGUGUGACAGGCUAGUGUGAUUUUGAGGCAUUUCCCUUUUUUACUGUACUUGUUUUUACAUUAGAAAGUGGGUAUGUAAUGCGUCUUCCUUUCCCUGUUUAUUAAACAUUGUUCAUUCUCAGGUUGCACAGGCAUGAAAAAAGGUCGAAACAAGUGAGGAAAUUGUUAUGUUCCUUGAGUUUUUCAAUGCAAAAAUCAAAAUGGUUCCCAUUCAAGUGAAGAUACUAGGUAUUGUCAGACGUAUAGAUACGAUUACAGAUUUGCAGUUGGCUGUGAAAUGCGUGGAUAAAAGACCAGCACA